GUUUGGGCAGAGGGUGUAGGAAUGCACCUGGGCACGCCCUCCUAGACUGCGUGAAAUUUGACGGCGCCUGCACUACCGUUCCCUGGGAGACAACCAGUUGCACUCACCGCACGCGACAGGCGACUAUGGCCGAGAAAGAAACAGCUGGACCCCACUUUACGAUGUCGGGCGGCAGUUGUAACGUGGACCAGGGUGCAAGCUGUGCAACCAGUCAUCUGGAUAAUAGCGGAGUUCCCGAAGAAACCAGAGAAACAGCGUGGCAGCAGCGAGAAAACCAACAGAAUCCAAGAGAAUCCAACAGAAUCCAAGAGUGCCGUGUGUGCCGGUUCGCUUUCACCGACAUGGAAGCCUUAGAACAGCACGCCGCUGACCACGUGCUUGGGAAACACAACUGCUGCUUCGAGUGUGGUAAACUGUUCAGGUAUGAUUGCCGCCUCAGGCGCCAUUUAAGUACGCACGGCGAACCGCCCUUCAAGUGUAGUUUGUGCGGCAAAAGAUACCAUGACAAAGGAAGCCUCAAGAUUCAUAUGCUUGUAUGGCACGUAGACGAAGCCGUCGAAGAGUAUCCUUAGCAUGGCAUCACCCACCACGAAACUGGAAGAGCACGUCGUGAAGAACCGUCGCACCUGAGCGUGGCAUCGGCAUCGGUGAAGCCGGAUAUUCACCCAGGAGGAGUGGCUUCUCUGGAUGCCGCCGUGGGUACCAAGACGUGUCGUGCGCCUUCGCCGAAGAACUUGCGGUCUGGGCCCCAGCUUUUCUAGCUAUCCGCUAACAUCUUGACAAACCAAAAGUGGGCACAUCUUAUUCCUUCUGACUACGGCUGAAGAAUGCCUGCGAAUAAAAUUUUUACAGUGGUUAUCUCGUGGAA